GGGUUUUGGUUAUACAGUGUGGGCGUGUAGCAGUGAUUUUUAGAGAGAUUAAAAACACAAUUUAUCUGGAGAUUUCAUCUCCUAUCAGACACAUCAAUCAUGGCUCGUGGAUUGAAGAAACAUAUGAAGAGGCUUAAUGCCCCUAAGCAUUGGAUGCUCGAUAAACUCGGUGGUGCUUUUGCCCCCAAACCAUCAUCUGGACCUCACAAAUCUCGUGAAUGUUUGCCUUUGAUUCUCAUUUUGAGGAAUAGGUUGAAGUAUGCGUUGACAUACCGUGAGGUUCAAUCUAUCUUGAUGCAACGACAUGUUCUUGUUGACAACAAAGUCAGGACUGACAAGACUUACCCUGCUGGUUUCAUGGAUGUUGUAUCCAUCCCCAAGACCAAUGAAAGCUUCCGUCUUCUCUAUGAUACUAAAGGCAGAUUCAGACUUCACUCUAUCAGGGACGAGGAGUCAAAGUUCAAGCUAUGCAAGGUUCGGUCAGUUCAGUUUGGCUCAAAGGGCAUUCCCUACAUUAACACCUAUGAUGGACGGACAAUCCGCUAUCCUGAUCCUCUUAUCAAGGCCAAUGACACCAUCAAGCUUGAUCUAGACUCAAACAAGAUUGUUGAUUUUAUUAAGUUUGAUGUUGGAAAUGUUGUUAUGGUGACUGGUGGAAGAAACACAGGUCGUGUUGGUAUCCUGAAGAACAGGGAAAAACAUAAGGGCAGCUUUGAGACAGUUCACAUUCAAGAUGCUACCGGCCAUGAGUUUGCUACCCGUUUGGGUAAUGUCUUCACUCUUGGGAAGGGUUCAAAGCCUUGGGUGUCCCUACCUAAGGGCAAAGGUAUCAAGCUAACCAUCAUUGAAGAAGCUAGGAAAAGGCGGUUAGCCCAGGAAGCCCUUGCUUAGAUCGGUUGUUUUGUUCUUUCUUACAUAUUGAUGGGAAGUUCAUUUCUUGCUUUGAUAUUAGUACAAUUUUGAACAUGUGGACUUCUCAUACAGCUUUUGCUAAACUUGUUCACUGUUAGUUAUAUUUGAACCUAUUGUAAACUUUCUUUAAAUGCGUUGUGGUGUUCUUAAAA